CAUCAUCUGAAGGAGAGCAUUUGAUGCAACUCAUGCUUUGCCAGUCAAGAUGCAGAGCCAUCAUCGACCAUCACAUCUUUCUCGGCCAUCAGGAUUUCCAGGUUCGUCCAAUGCUGGGCCCAGUUCCCUUGGCCAGGUAAGCGACUUGCCAACCCACUUGCCUUCCGGUGAACCAAUUCCAAUUGGAGAUCAAUUGAUGCAAGUAGAUCAAGCCAUCACAUUGACUCUUCAAGAGAUCGAUGCAAAUUUCGCAAAAACACAUCAAACCAUCACUGGUAGGAUAUUGCCGAUGAUAAAACGAUAUGGUGUUGCAAGUCAUAAUACAUGGCAAGGAGCAAAGUUUUGGCAUAAGUUCUUUGAAGCAGCAAGUGAUAUUCAUCUUGCACCACCGCGUGAACAAAGUACGUUUGAUUCAACAGCUGAAGGCGAGGAGGUGGAAGGGGAAAGGCAUGCCGAAGAGAGAGAUGAACAAACGUUUGAUCGGGAUGAUCAGUCAAUGCAAUCUUUUCAAGGAACCACACCACGCGGAAGGCAGGCAGCUGAAAAUGAUUCGUAUGACAUUCAAGAUGAUUCAGGAGAGCUACGACAUAGUCACUUUGAGCCACCACGAGUCUCAGAUGCCAGUAUGGCAGCAACAGCACGCCUAAGUCGUACCGGACUAGGAGCAAGCCAAAGUGGAAGAAAUCUUGAACGGAUGAUGUACGACGAAGACGAAAGUGCUGACUUUGAUCAAAUUGGCGAUGUUGAUAUCGAUCCGGAUUCCACAAAGACAGCCAGAGGAGGAAGUAAGGCUGAUACAAUCCGUGCAACAAGCUCGAAACCUCCCAAAGUACAAGCAACUCCUCGUCGCGAUUCAGCAAAGAAGAAUCCGUUUGCAAAAGGUGUAAGGCCACCACCACCACAACAGCAAGCUAGUACGAGUAGUAGUGAUACAGAUGCUGCGAAGAGAUCUAAUUCACCCAGAUGGAAUGGAAUUGCUGAUCUUCGUAAAACACCAUUAUCGCAUAUCAAUCGUAGUCCGGUACGCAAAGGAGCAAAGGCGGGUAAAGGUAAAUCUUCUACAAACAUCGAUGAAGAUGACGAAGACAGUCUUGCUUGGCCAGCAGGGAUGUCACCACCGGUAACGAUGCAAUUUUCCGUUCCGAGAAGUCGAUAUAACAAAACGCCGGCAAAAGAAGCAGCUAAAUUGGUCGUUGAUGAUCUGUUGCGAACGGUGGAAGGUACAACACCUGCAGCAAGACGAAGGCUUAUGCAAGAGAGACAAGGAGGCAGAGAAGAUGCACCGGUCGGUGUUCGAUCAAGGGCGAUUGAAAGAGUGGAAGUGAAUGUGGCGGGGAAUAAUGUCGUGGGAACUCCUCUGGGAACAGGAAAGCGAAGGCCUAACAAAGGACGUACAUCAAUGCCAACCCCACCAACAGUAACAAAGAGGGUGGGAGGAACGAUUCGAGCAUCUACAUCUACGCAGAAGGAAAGUACGCCGAAAUCAAUGUCCAACAAAGUGCCAUCAACAGCUUCAAGAUUGAUGGAUGAAGAUGAAGAAGGUCAAAGUUUGGCAAAUGAUGAAGUGCCGGAAGACCUGGGUACAGGUUUGAGUAAAUUGGCAAUCACUAGACCGGGAGCGGCUGAUGGAAUGGAUAAGCUGUUUGAAGGAGAUGAAGAUGAUUCGGAUAAUGAUAUGGAAGACACCGACUCAGAAGAUGAAGAGGAUGAAUAUGAAGGGAGUGCAAUAUCAUCUGUUAGAGCACCUGGAGCGUUCCCGAUGAAUAAUGCAUCACAUACUUCAUCUUCCAUCGCAUCUGUCAGUCAUAGUAUCGAUGAAGAUACCUUGUUUGGCAUUCGCGAUCCUUCCUUUGGACCAAAGGUACACAAGGGUGGACCAUCACAAACACCCGCGGUAUCAAAUGCUUCCAGAACAGGAAGUGCAUCCAUUUCUGGACAAGGAAAGACAACCAAUCGUCCCUUACCUCAUCAAUCUGCAACUGCAUCACACGUAGCAGCAACUCCAUCAAAUAAUUCAUACAGACCUAUGGGUCAAGUUGCAAACUUAGGCACAGUCUAUCGUGGACGGCCUCUGCUUGGUGAAGAACGAGAUGAUACGUAUAGUGCACCUAGUCCAACACCUGCUGCUUAUUCAGGCGGAAGGCCACCAGGUCGCUAACAAAAUGAUGUAAGAAAACGGGACAAAAGCAUCAAAUUACAGAGUGAAUGAGAAAAAAUGUUGUAAC